AUGAGCCUCAGCUCGCUUGUCAUUUACAUAGGCAGCCUUUGCCUUGCUUCGUGUAUCACAGAGCCACUGAGCAGGUCUCAUUGCUCGAGGCCCGUUGAAGAUGAGGUGACUCUCCACGAUCAUUGGAGAUCCGAGGAUACCAAGACGCGAGAGCAAAGCGCGAGAACGAGCGUCUGGGGCGUGGUUGAAGGCGAUGAAGAAGAGGAGGACGUCUGGUCCAACUUUCAGGUUUUCAGGACACUUGAGGCAGCUCUAACCUUCAGGACCAUGAAGAAAGGAGUCGACCAAGAGCACCUCCUUACCUGCUGCGGAAAGCUCAGCAUUGAAGCACUGCAGCAGCCUCGGGCAGAGUGGCGGAGUGCAGCUCGGAUCGAGGAAAGCCUAGCGAGCACUGCGAAGGGCAGCAGGGUGAACUGGAAUCAGGACGAGGUGGAGGACACGAGUCCGAAGACACCGAAGACACCUAAUUCAGGUCAUCGCAGUAUGACCAGCAGGAGCUCCCGAAGCUCCUUCAGCCAUCUGUCCCACAACGCCCGGAGGGCGGCGGCCACGCGGGCGGCCAUGGCUCAGCUGCAUAUCGACCUCGAGGAUCCCGACGGCCAGUCGGAGGGCCGCUCCGCCGGGGGAGGCAGCGUGCUGGCGAGGGCCGCCAGCGCGGUCUCGCGGAUCCUUCGGGCCGGACUUCCGGCGGCUGCCACACCUUCUGAGAAAGAUGAUCCUCCGCGGGAACAUUGCUCACAGGUCGUUGCCGCGGGUGCCAAGAAGAGUCUUCAACAGCUGCAGAUUUCUUCACCUGUGUACUUAUACGAUGUCGAGGACGCGAUCUCCAGACCCGCGGACGUGGUGAAGAACCUCUCAGACCAAGGCUGCUGCUUCGUCUCGCAUGCCGUCCCAGCCAGCUGCUGCCAGCGACUGGCAGCUUACGUCGAUGACGCCCUUGCCGCUGCCCAGAGGCACGUGGAGCUGUCGGGAGACGGAGAUGCGCGCUACGCGCGCCGUCGCUCCUACUUCCGGAGGUUGGCCUAUGCAACCCGACGAGACCGCAUCGAGUUCACAUUGCCUCUGGAAGAUGAGGUCAGGGAAGUGCUCGAGCGGAUGGUUGCCUCGUUGGGGCAGAUCUUGGAGCCGUUUGUGACCCGACACGGCCGACUCGUCGAUCUCUCCUGCAUGAUCUCCGACCCGGACUGUGAGUACCAACCUCUCCACUCGGACACCUCGCUGGAGCGCGUCAAGUUCACUUGUUUCGUUGCCCUACAGGACGUGACAGUCGAGAUGGGCCCCACAUAUCUCUGCCCGGGCACCCAGAACUACGAGCACCACAGCGCUCUCGAUGCCAUGCAGAAAAUGCAGUUGCCUCAUGAUGAAAUGUUGGAACGCCUGGGUGGCGUCCCGGUCCUCUGUCAGACUGGUGAUGCGUACGUCAUGAACUCGCAACUCUUGCAUUGUGGUGGUGCCCAGGCAUCUGCCGUGGCCGGGGGAAAGCGCCGGCGUUUGCUGUAUGUGACCUGGCACCUGCCUGGCAUCACGCCCGGAGAGCACUCCUUGAGAGACGAGCUGGUGGGACGCUUCCGCCUCGGCGACUUCGAUAAAGGGGGCCCUGCCCUUCCGGAGGACUUCGAUGAGGAAUACAGCGAGCUCUUCAUUGCGGCCAACAAGUUGGAUGAUGCGGAGGCCAUGCUCCAAUUUGCCAAGUGCCUCAGGGAGCGCGGAGAUUUGGGGGCCGUCGCCUGGAUGCGGCGCGCCUGCCGCCGGGGGCAUCCCUUGGCGUGCAUGCACCUGGCGGAGGUCUUCUGCCUGGGAGAGCUCGGGAUGGCCCAAGAUCUGAAGAAGGCCGAGGAGCUGCGCACUUACGCCAUGGCACUCUGCGAGAAGCUGAAGAGGCGAGGUACUGAUGGCGAAGAGCCGGAGCUGCCUCUCUGCUUGAAGUGUAGAGUGAGGGCAGACGUGGUCCAAGAUGAGCAAGACUUCAGUCUCCACCACCCACCCGUCCUUCAUCCUCACCUCUGGAGCUCCAGAACAUCCGAACCAAAUCUAAGGCCGACGCUGACGUCCAUCAGCCAGCGGCGGACCCUGGCUUCGAUGGUGUCCUUCCGUCUGAACUCACCGCAGCUCCUCCGGGCCACCAGGGCUUACAAGCCGCUGGUCAAUCUGGGAGCCGUCUUGCGGGAUCGCAGGUCCACGCGGGUGGGCUUCGGGAGAUCCCUGAUCGGACAGGCCAUGGCGUCUGCCGAAAACGUCGUCCGACACACAGAGUCCUUUGAUGACUACAUGUUGAGCUUCCAGACCCGAGAGAUCGACCAAUUCUGGUCCCACAGCUGGCGAGCGAAUACCUUUCUGAAGGUGAUGGUGCUGCUGCUCUACUACAACCAGGCGCCGGCUGCCUUCUUCAGCAUCCUCAGCGGCGGUGUUGGGAUGGCUCUGCGAGCCCUGCACAUCUUGCCGUAUUUCGUGAAGCUGGAGUCUGCCGUGGUGGGUGGGACCUAUCUCUAUGCGGCCUGGACAUCCAUCUUUGGCCUCACGGCUUUUCUUUCCGUCCUCUUUCUUUGGCGGCCCAAGCAGAGGGUGUUUCUGGACAAGGUUUGCAUCCACCAGAAGGACCCCGUGCUCAAAAAGGAAGGUGUGGAGAGCAUCGGUGCUUUCCUCUACUAUUCCAAGACCAUGCUGGUCUUGUGGGAUCCCAGCUACGCCACCCGCUUGUGGUGUGUCUUCGAGAUGGCUGCAUUUGCGUGGGCCCACAGGAAUGACCUGAAGAAUCGUGUGGAGAUCCGCCCGGUGAUAUUUGCACCGGUCUACUUUGGGCUCAUGGUGACCUCGGUCAUCAACUGGGCCUUGCUCACCAUGUUCCCGAGGACCCCGACGAUGAGCAUCACCGUCUGGCCGGCUCUCCAGUCGAUCAUCUGCAUCCUUGGGGUGCACUUCUUGAGGUCUUUUCACAGAGACAUGACCAUCCUCCGACAGCAUUUGGCGGAGUUCCAGGCAGCGAACGCCCAAUGCUACUGCUGUAGUGUGUCACAUCGACUGCCUGAGACGGGUGAAAGGAUCGCUUGUGAUCGAGAGGUCAUCCAAGCGUGUAUUAUGACAUGGUUUGGCACCUUGACGGACUUCGACAGCUUCGUGCAAGCUGAGCUGGCUGGCUACUUCUGGCGGUCACUUGGGCACUUUGGCUUGCCGUAUCGUUGGGUGCUGGGCUCACAGCUCCCUGUCCUGUGGGCUUAUAUGGACAUAGUGGCAGAUAGCAUCCAGGGUGGAGAUGUGUGGUACAUCUCCUCCAUGGUCGUCGAAGGACUUGCCAUGUGGCUCUGUGCGAGCCCUCUGGUUGUGGCCUUUGUGAUUUGGGUGACGAACCUCUUGCAGAGAAAGCGCAAGCUGGCCGUCUGCGACACUUUAGUGUCGCUUUGGGCAGCAUCACUGGCGCUCAUUCCCGUCGGGACGCUGACUUUCCUAUGGUACGUGUCCCGCUUCGCCAUCUCCCCCACCAACCCGCUUCCCGGCGCCAUCGUCUUCCUCAUUGUCAUGCCUGUAACGGCAGAGGUGACAACGCUUACAUACAAGUCCGUGGGGGAGGUCGAACUGCUUUGCAUGUGGCUGAGCUCCGUGCUGGAGCACCGAGCAUCGAGCAUCCGCGUUGGAGUGUUGGUGCAGGGUCCACCUGUGACCGAUGCAUAG